AUGGGACUGUUUGCACUUAUGCUCCUGAUCAUCUUCUCCACUGGAACAUGCACUGGGGACAGUAAUAGGUGCCCUGCUGGCUGUGAAUGCACGGAUUGGAAAGGUUAUUAUGUUUCGUGUACAGAUAUAGCGACCUUGCCGAGGUUUCCUGUAAACACAGAGACACUACGUCUCUAUGAAACAAGACUGAGCUCUGUUCCUGAAGAUGCAUUUGCCGACAUGGUGAACAUCUCAUUAAUUUAUCUCUCAGUUGAUGUCACAUUAAGAAGUUUAGAGAGGCAUUCAUUUUUCAACCUGAAGAAGAUUACACAUAUAGAAAUAAGAAACACCAGAAGUCUGAUGAACAUCGAUCCUGAAGCUUUCGAGGCUUUACCAAAAUUAAAAUACUUAGGUUUGUUCAAUACAGGUCUCACUAUCUUUCCUGCAUUGACAAGGAUCCAGUCUGAUGAAUCAUCUUUUUUGCUAGAAAUUACUGAUAAUCUUUACAUCACUGAAAUUCCUGCAAAUGCAUUCCAAGGCAUUACCAAUGAUGUGCUCAUGGUGAUGUUAUACAGUAAUGGCUUUACUAAAAUCCAACACCAUGCCUUCAAUGGGACAAAACUAGAUGCUAUAUAUCUUCACAGAAACAAACAACUUACAGAAUUGAGUGAAGACAUGUUUGCAGAAACAAUUAGUGGUCCAGUGCUGCUUGACAUUUCAGACUCAGGUGUUACCUCCCUUCCAGCAAGAGGACUGGAGUCACUCCGGGAACUCAGCGCUCGGAAUGUUUGGGCCCUUAAAAAGCUUCCACCAAUCAAAACCUUCAGAAAUCUGAUUGAUGCUGAUAUGACUUAUCCGAGUCACUGCUGUGCAUUCAAGAACCUUAAGAAAAAGAAAGGGUACCUGGAUUACAUCAUUUGUAACUUGACUGCCAUGCAUGGCCAACACUAUAAAAGAUCAGUAGGCACAGUUACAGUCCCAGCUAUCGACAUGAACAACCCCCUACUGAGGAACAUCUAUGACCACCAUGACUUCCUAAGUAGCCUACAUUAUCAUGACUUUCUUGGUGGGCAGGCUGACUAUGAUAUGGGAUUUGGGGACAAACUGAAAAAUCCCCAGGUAGCUACCAGCCAGGACAUUGAUAGUCAUUAUGACUAUGUUGUAUGUGAAGACGGAGACACUGUGACAUGCUCCCCAGCUCCUGAUGACUUCAAUCCCUGUGAGGACAUCAUGGGUUUCAGCUUUCUCAGAGUGUCUGUUUGGUUUGUCAGUUUGUUGGCUGUACUUGGAAAUUUGGUGGUGCUCUUUGUACUGCUCACCAGUCAUUACAAACUCUCUGUCUCCCGGUUCCUUAUGUGUCACCUGGCCUUUGCUGACUUGUGCAUGGGCAUCUAUCUGCUUCUCAUUGCCUCAGUGGACCUUUAUACACAGUCAGAAUAUUAUAAUCAUGCCAUAGACUGGCAGACAGGACCAUGGUGCACCCUUGCUGGAUUUAUCUCCAUCUUUGCAAGUGAGUUGUCAGUUUACACAUUGACCAUGAUCACGUUGGAACGCUGGCAUGCCAUCAAUUUUGCAAUGCAAUUAGAUCGUAAGCUGCGUUUGUCUCAUGCCUCUGCUGUCAUGCUUGGGGGUUGGCUCUCAUGCCUCCUGCUUGCCCUUAUGCCUGUGUUGGGAGUGAGCAGUUACCAAAAGGUCAGCAUAUGCUUGCCGAUGAGCACUCAGAACCUGUUGGAUCAGGUCUACAUUUUAUUCAUGUUAGUCGUCAACAUUUUGGCCUUUGUAGUCAUCUGUGCCUGCUACAUUAAGAUCUACUGUGCAGUACGCAACCCCACUUACACCUCAGCCAGCAAAGAUAGCAGCAUUGCUAAGCGCAUGGCUGUGCUAAUUUUCACUGACUUUCUCUGCAUUGCACCAAUCUCCUUCUAUGCCAUAUCAGCUGCGCUGGAUCAUCCACUCAUAACCAUUUCAAACUCCAAGAUCCUUCUGGUUCUCUUCUAUCCUGUAAACUCCUGUGCUAAUCCUUUUCUCUAUGCCAUAUUUACCAAGGCCUUUCAGGGUGAUGUUUUUAUCUUGCUCAGCAAGAUUGGCCUAUGUGAACAGCAGGCCCAACUGUUCCGAGGCCAAACCAUCUCCACAAAACCAAUUAAUGGAGACACAAACAGACGUGGAAUAAAAACAAAACUCCUAACCCGAUGAAAUGCUCGGUCCACUGCUACCUGUCAC